AUGUCAACACUCGGAAUAUCUAGAUCGGGCAGAGUUCGUAAAAAGUCGGCGAAAGUCGUCGAAAUGGAAAAAUUCGAUGGAGCAGAGAACCCUCCUUCAGAAAAUUUCAACUCCAGCGAUAAUGAAUCUCCCUCACGAAUUUCACCGACUUCGACUCCGGUGCCCGUCAAGCGAGUGUCGACUCCAAACCGACGACCUUCGGGCCAAGUUUCAGAUUUCAAUUGCGGCAGCAGCAACCUCCAAGAGAUGUCGGACUGCUCUGUUUCGUCGUCAGAAUCUUCGGAGUCCGAAGAUUCUUCGGACGAAUCGGACUCCGACUCGGAUGAUCUCCCAUUGCAAAAGGUCACCGCCGAGCAGAUGGCCCAACUGCAAGCUCUACAGAAGACCCGCCGGCCGAAACCAAGCAACGCUGGCGUCCAACGCAGCCGGCAGUAUUCCUCAUCGAACGAAUACGACCCUCCCUACAACCCGAAAACCGGUGCUGCGAAGCUCUCCACAUCGAAUCUUGUCAAGCCCGGCGCUCAAACCCGCAAGCCGGUGGCAGGCUCGAAUGCCCUCACGCCAACGAUAGGUUUCAGUGGCGAAGAUUUAUCCAGCAGCGAGUUCGAGGAUUCCGAAGACGAGUCCGACUCUGGCGACAGUUUGGUGAUCGAAGGUGGUGACGGUCUUGCCAAGAAAGCGCCCCUCCAAAAACUGACCCUGCCCGUGGCGACCGCUGCCGCGCUUGCGAACGCGCAGCGUCAAAAGCGGCAACAAGUCGAAGAAGACAACGUUCCCGAAGACAAUGACAACGACCAAGAUUUCGUGCCGUUCAGCGCGAAGCGACGGAGACUCAGUGCCGGCGCCGUGAGACAGACUCCGAGCGCUCCAGUACAGAAGAAACUUCCUCCCGAGAAGAAAACCUCAACCACCGAUGCGACCGUUGCGGAGCCCGUCAAGAAACCCAAAGCGCCCUCUGCUUACGUUCUGUACUGCACCGAGGCGCGGAAAAAACUCCUCGCCGAAAACUCCUCGCUAACAUUCUCCGAUCUGAGCCGGAAAAUGGGUCAGCUAUGGAACUCGCUGCCGGAGAAAGAAAAGCAACUAUGGAAACGCAAAGCAAAAGCCAUCCAGCUGAAAAACGCCUCGGAAGCCAACACCGUCAACAUCGGGAAGGCUGCGGCGAGUGACACCGCGUACAAGAGUCCAACGGGAUUGAAAACCAACGCAAAUGGUAAGUCAGGUGGUCAUAUCGCGCGAAGCGCAGCGACGCAGUCGCCCGCGCAACCCCAAGCGAGGGUGUCCGUCCCGGACAAAGGAAACGUGCACUCGUUCAAAGUCAAUCCACAAGAUAAGCUCGCGUUAUCGAGAGCUCCGCUAGCGGCGAAAUCCAUUUCGAAACCCACGCGAUCCGUAGCAGUGUCAAAGAAGGACCUGAAGCCCUCCAAUAGACUCGUCGACGGUGCCAGUGUGGGAAAAGACGACGUCGGCGCCAAGAUCUCCGCGGCUGAGAUGAACGAGAUGCGAUCUCUAGCGUCCGAAUUGAGUUCCCCGACGGCUGGGGGCUCGUCGAACCUCUCCAAGUUGAUAAGCAACUAUCAGGAACUGCUCGACGAGCCGCUAGAAGCUCCUCCGCGACCUUUCGGACACUCCCCUCUCGAUGCGGCUGCUCAUCUAAAGUUGUUGGGUGACUCGUUGACGACUAUUGGAAGCAACCUCAUUGGCAGCGACCGGCCUGUUGCGGUCUCUGGCAGCUUGUCCGUGCUACUAGAUAGCACCCUCUGCGCUCUCGGACCCCUGAUUUGUCUGACCGCUCAAUUGGACGAAACGAACGGGAGCGACCCCGAGACGCUGACGCAAAUUCUCAACAACAUAGCUUAUAUCAUGCCUGGUCUCUAGAUUGUGUACUGUAGUAGAAGAUUUCCUUGUCGAUCAGUCGAGCUCUCUGGCUGGCUCGAUUCGAAGAUCGAUCGAUGGAUCGAUGCAUUAAUUGCUUGGUUAUUGCUCGGUUGGUUAAUUGGUAGCUUUCGAUUCAAUGAGGGUACCAUUGACCGCAAGUGUUCAAAUGAUGUAACAAUAAUGUAGAUAUGACGCCCCU